GCACGGCUUGACAGUGUGCUGUAUUUGUGUAUAAGCAUAGGUCGGGUUAUUGGCAUGUGUGCAUCUACCACGAGAGCGGCUGACAGUGAAAGAAGUAUAGUCGCAAUGUAAUCACGUAAUAAAAAGUGCGAAAACUUUCGAGACCAGUGCUUAUUAUUUACGACACGAAUAAUAAUGUAACCCGACUAGUCACUUCAUACAGCACCAAAACCGAUACGAAAAUGAUCAAAUCCCACGCUACAGUUCCUAUAAUCUUAGGAUUAUCAGUGCUCAGUGUUGGUGCCGCCUGCAUUUACACGUUUUUAAAAAAGAAAGAUGACCGAUCCGAAGAUGCGUCCGAUGGAAAUGGAUUGUCUAAAAUUGCCAAAUUAGUUCGAAUGAUAAGCAAGGAAGAUUUUUCAGUUAUCGAAUUGACGUUAUCUAAAAAUAUUGUGCCUCUUAUAAUCGGGCGAAAAAACUGCUCCAUUUCGCACAUCCAAAACUGCACUAAAACGGAAAUCAGUUUUCACGAGAAGGAUGAACUAUUUCAGAUUUGUAGAAUUCGCGGAACCGAGUCUGGAGUACGAGAGGCCGAGCACUUAAUUUUGAAGGAAGCUUCGCGACAAAUUAUACUUACAGAGGAAAUUGUUGUACCACAAUCCGCCUGCGGUCGAAUUUUGGGACGAUGUGGUGAUGCUUUGCAGGAAAUCUGCCGCAAGUCAAUGGCAAAAGUAUGGAUCGAAGGUUCGAGGACACCAGGUGAAAGCCGUCGUGUCAUGAUCACCGGAACACAGAGUCAAAUAACCACUGCGAAGUCACUGAUAGAACAAAAAGUGAAAGAUGAUACUGACUUCCGCAAGAGCCAGGAACAUCUGGAUAUUCGACGAGAACCUCGCAUCCGAACUCCUCCAAGCAGCCUCACAGCAACACCUGUACCCCGAGAAGUUGUGCCGCCAACCGUUGAAAAACUCAAAACGACCAAUUCUUCCGGUCAACUGGAGGUUUUUGUGUCUGCCAUAGUUUCUCCCAGCCGGUUCUUUUUGCAGUUAGUAGGACCACAGUCUGCCGAGCUUGAUAUACUAGUCGAAUCAAUGACUGAAUAUUAUAACCAACCAGAAAACCGUGAGUUACAUAUGAUUCGUAAACCGUACCUCGGUCAAAUUGUUGCUGCGGAAUUCAACGCUGAUAGCAAAUGGUACCGGGCUGAAAUUGUUGCUAUUUUACCGAAUGAAUACAAACCAAGCGAAGUUGUAUUAGAUUUGUACUUCGUCGAUUAUGGAGACAAUCAGUAUAUACAACCAAGAGAAGUGUAUGAGCUUCGUCCAGAUUUCCUGGCGCUGCGCUUUCAAGCAAUCGAAUGUUUUUUGGCGCACGUUGAAGCCAAUAACUCUGUUACUUCGCCCACCGGGGAAGAAGAAUGGGAACCAUCUGCCAUCAGUAGAUUCGAGGAGCUUACUCACGUUGCUCAAUGGAGAAAGCUCUUAUCGCGUGUAGCCACUUAUCAAAAUAAAGGUCAUCGCGGUAACCGUGAAGGACGCGAAGGAUCACCAAUACCGGGUGUGGAACUGUAUGAUACCAGAAUAGAUGGUACGGAUAUAAACAUUGCAUUAGAACUGAUCAACGAAGGUCACGCCAAACCCACGAGAAAAUUUGGUGAUCUAAGCAGUAGUCAUGUCCUACGACUUGAUGGAGGUUCUCGAACAACCAGUUCCGAAAGACUUAAUGAUGUUUCCUCCGCUUCCACUUCGAGUUCUUUUUCAUCAAUAAUUUCAACCAUCAAUACCAGCAGAAAGGCGUUGCAAGAAAGUGCCAACGAAGAGGCUAAUUCAAUAGCAAUACUUGGAGCACAUGGUCCAGAAAUUUCCACCCUAGAUGUCAAUGUUAAUUUAAAUAAUAACGUAAAUAGUAUUGUUCACACAGAAAAAAUCUGUGGUCGUACCAGUAAAAAUAUCAGGGGUAUCAAUCAAAUCAAUCAAACAGCUGCAAACGAAUCUGAAACCAACCAUACUAGCAGUACGAAUGGCAUAAAUUCAACCAACAAUGGAGUAUAUACAUGUGAUGAACUCUGAAAGUUUGAAGAUAUUUCACGAAAUGUUACUUAGAUUUUUUUAUGUUAAAGUCUAUCUAAACCUAAUCGCGAUGGCUACGUCGUGAUCACGAUUCAUAGAAUCCAUAAUUUAUGUUGUACGUCAGUGGUAAGAAUAUUAGUUAUCUAUUUUUAAUAAUCUCAUCUGUCAAGGAGACCUUUCACUAUAAACGGUGCAGCUGAAAUCUAUGCGUAAGAUAAAAAGACAUCAACAAUAGAAACGAGGAAUUCAUGAUGGCUAUUUAACGAUCGUUGUUUCUUUUAUAUUCUAUUAUAUUUUUAAUUUUUUAUUUUUUUAAAUGCGUUAUGCUUACAACUCAAUACAUAGUUCUAUACUCGUCAGAUAAAGCGUUUUAAGAACAUGAUCUUGAUAAAAACUCGUUAAUUCUUUUACUUCUCGAUAACACGCAUAGAUAACGGCGCAAUAAAAAAUUGUAUGUCUUCAACUUUUCCUCUUGACUUCUUCUGAAUGUAUAUAAACCCGAUUGGCGGUGUAGAAUAAAUUGAUUUUAAAACCAUCUAUAAGUAAAGGUCCCCUGAAAUUUCAUAUAACUCAAGUCUUCCUAUAUCCCUGGACGAAUCAACUGUAAAAAUUACAGUAUUGCACUAUAUGUUUUUUUGUAAAUAUGUAGUUACUUUUUGAUACAUUAACAAAUUAAGACUAUACCUAAGGUUGAUCGAUACAUGUUAAGAAAUGAUAUUUGUGUUAGUCACAUGCUGUUUUAGAUCAUAGUGAUUGUGUGUGAAUAGAUGGCAACACCCAAUUGGAAGGCAUAUUUGAUUGAUAGAACCAACUGUUUUCUCGUUGUCUAGUGCCACAUGAUGCUGCAAACGAAGGUGCCACUUCUGAACAAAAUUAUAUAUUUGAUUUUAUUAAAAACGUAGUUUGCAAUAAAAAACAAAUUUUUAAAAUA